AAUUGCUCGAGGGAGAAUUAUCACCGGAUGACGUCACUUUUCCUAGGCAUUUUGAUGACGUCAAGUAUUACGUAAUUUGAGACUGGGAACUGGCUCGGCCAAAUAUUUUGUACACAAAAAGUUUUUUAAAAAUUGUUUUGUACAAAUUUGCAACUUUGAGAACAAUAUUUUGUUUUAUUUUGCACGAUGCGUACAUUUUACUACAGAAACAGAUCAACAACAUGGCUUGUGAUUUUCUUUGUGGCAUUGCUUAUUAUUUUAACGUCAAUUCGUCGCAAACGAAGCCUUAGAAAAUCAUGGAGCAACGACGAACGUGGUUUGUUUAGGUUCGACCAUCACACAAGAGAAAUACAAGUACGAAACUUAAAAGGCGAAAUAAUUCUUGAAGGAAACUUGGGGAUGAAUAUUGGGUCGAGUUAUUCAAAUCCCGAAGAGAGUACAAAAGAUGGGCUACAUUAUACAUGGGGUGGACAUAUUUUGCAAAGUAUUAUGAAGGGAGAUAAAAAUUGUAUAACAAUUGACUGGGACAGUAUUUCAGAUGAACCUUUUACUCCAAUGGAUUGCUUUAAUUUAGGAAAGUUUUACUGGUAUGGUGGUGGGCAACUGAACGUACCUAGCUGGCCAUUGAAUAAGGCCGAUCUUCAAAUGUCACCAUUUUAUGCUAAAGUUUAUAAGGAUAUUGACAAUCAACAUUUUACAUCUGUCAUUGAACCUUAUUGGCUGAGCUCUAGCGGUGUUGCAAUUUAUGUUGAUGAAAUUGUUCCACUUCAUGUAAGCAUUAAUGAAAGGGGUAAUGGCAAGCUGUGCCUGAAAGCCGACGCCGAAGGAUACCCGGGGCAUCCGAAACCGGUACACCUAAAAUACAGAAUGUGUUUUGGAAACAAUAUGAAAUCAACACACCAGUUUGUGGCAUCAAAGUAUUUUGAUAAACCGUCUGAAUCGUUAAGUAGUUCAAUGAUAAGGUACCCAAUCUGUGGGCUAAAGUCACCGAACCAAGUUAAAAUGACGAGGUUUUUUAGAUCUAUAGUAAUACGUCAGUUUUCCUGUGGCCAUAUUGACCUAGGCUUGCAACGAAGCUUGGUGUUCAACAAACAAGACUUUCCAAACCCAAAAGUUCUGGUCAAAGAGAUACAAGCAAGGAAAUUAAAAGUCACUGCAAUGGUUGAUUCAGUUUUUGACACAAAACAAAAUGUACCAAAAGAGUUUUUAAUGAAGAGUAAUUGGCAAAAAAAUUCUCUUGAUCUUUCCAACCUUAAAGCACGAAACUGGUUCACAGAAAAACUUACAAAUUUCCAAAAGAAAUUUGGCAUCGAUAUGAUCAGACUUUGUUGUGGGGAAUUGGAGUAUCCAAUUACUGAGUAUAACCUUGGAGGUCGAAAUCCAGGCAUAUUUGUACAGAACUAUGCCAAAGUUGCGGCUAGCGUCAGCAAGAGUACAGAUAUUGCAGUAGGCUACAAAACACAGUCACUGCCUUUGGUGAUAAAGAUUGCUGAUCGUUAUCCAAAUUGGGGCAAGGACGAUGGCUUGCGAUCAAUUAUACCUAUGGUACUAAGUGUUGGACUGAUUGGUUAUCCAUUUGUGACCAUUGGGCCAAUUGGUGGCAAAGCAGAAGAGACGACAACAGUUGAUAAAGAACUGUACAUACGGUGGAUGCAACUUAGCGUAUUUUUCCCUGUGAUGGAAUUUGUUACGUACCCUUGGGAGUACGAUGAUAGCGAUACCGUUCAGGCAUCGGCUGAUAUACUAGAUAUCCGAUAUAUGUUAUGGGAUAACAUUCUAGCUAUUGGGAAGGAAAGUGUAGAUACGGGAGCCCCAAUCGUCAGGCCAAUGUGGUGGCUAGCUCCUAAUGAUCCUAUGACCCACAAUUUGAGUGCUCAGUUCAUGCUAGGGGAUAUUUACCUUGUUGCCCCAGUCAUGUGGUCACAAGUAAAGAAACACGAGGUCUACCUUCCCAAAGGCGUGUGGCGAGAGAUGUUUGGGAAGGGAAUUAAACAUGAGCUUGAAGUUGGACAAUGGAUUACUUUUAAAGUCGAUAUGAAAACUGUUGUUUAUUUCGAAUGUCUUAUAUGUAAGCCAUGAGAAAAUAAAUACUUUAAGUUAUAAAUAAAUUGGUACCCAGAGCUGCCAAGUUCAGAUAAUUAAAAGCAUAUCGAGGCUAACUAGUGGCAAGCCUAGUACAACAGAAUGAGGUAGCAUCAUUCAAUUAGUGCAAUUCAAUCACUGACAUGACUCUAUUUGAAAAUUUGUGUAACUUUCUAUGGUCUUUAGAAUACUUGGAACAUAUUUGUUUUCUCUCAGCCUUUCUUACCUCUCCAAACGGUUUUUAAUCAGAUUUGGAAGAAUUAGAAAAAGAACAGAAAAUGUUCAGUCCUAAAUUGUAUUCCUGCAAUCAAAGAUGCAGAAAAAUGUGUCGAGGAAAAACUGAGAGUACAACAGUGAACCUUGGAGUUCAGCCUCAAAACAGUGCAUACUCAUAGGUAAACCGUGAGACUUGGCAGCGCUGGGUAUCUACUACAUUCAAGUUGUGAAUAGUAGCAAUAGGAAAAAAUUGUGAAUUGGCAGUGCAAUAUAUAUUUAAUGAGAAAACUGUAGAUUGAAAGGGAUUUGAUACAAGCCAAACUCGAAGUUUUACUUAACCCAUUGAGUGGCAGCGCUCACUCUCCACUUGACAAGUAAAAUCAUCUGGCGUUAGACAGAGUAAAGCGCAUCAUGGUGCAUUGCAACUUAAAGGGUUUAAUUAUAUUUUUCGGGUGGCUGGACUGAUUUGUUAGGGGGGGGGGGGG